CUGAGGUUUACUUUGUCGGGUCAAUAAAGAUUUUACUUUGAAAGUUUGGAGCGGAAGCUGUGACCGUGUAGUGUUGUAUGAAUGAAGGCUGUCAGUGAGGUGACAGACUGAGCAUGAGGACAACAGGUGUGUGCUGACAGCUCGCUCUCCUCGCCAGGUUAUCAAUAUGGCCUCAUGGAUUAUUCAGAUGACUGUGGUGCUGCUGUCCGUCUUCGUCUACAGCAGCCAGGGGAAGAGAGACCAGGUGCUCUACUGCUCAGCAUGCAAAGCGAUUGUGGAUGAGCUGAACUACUCGAUCAGUCAGGUGGACCCGAAGAAGACCAUCAACGUGGGCAGCUUCAGACUCAACCCCGACGGAUCCAUGAAAGACAAAAAGGUUCCUUUCGCCCGCUCAGAGACUCACCUCAGCGAGCUGCUGGACGCGGUGUGCGGCAGCAUGAGCGACUACGCCCUCCACGUGGACCCUGACACUCAGCGCAGACAGUACAUGAGGUUCGCUCCCAGGACCGGCGGGAACACCGGGGUCUUCCCCGACUUCAAGAACUUCCAGUUCGACGGGCCCGAGUCGUCCGAGGCCAUGAAGUUCGCAUGUGAGUCGGUGGUGGAGGAGCUGGAGGAUGAUAUCAUCUCUCUGUUCAGCCGGGACGUGGAGCAGGUGCACGAGGAGCUCUGCAGCAGAGUCUCAGACUACUGCAGAGCCGGCGGCCACUCGAACGAGGAGUUGUAGUGUUUGACAGUCAGAGGACGGAGGCGGGACCAGGGACCAGCACAGACUGUAAAAGUUUUUGACGAAUGAUCGAUUAAGUUUUUGAAUAAAUAAAAGAGGAAAUCUUGACAAAAAAUAUUGUGCACUUUAGUUUCUGUCUGAGGUUUGAGACGGACGCUGAUGUCACUCGUAUUAUUAUCAGACCCACACCGAGCGGUGAGAGACUGUGUUUGACAUGCAGGAAAUAUAAGAAUAUUUUACAUCAGCUGAUUCAUUUAAAUGAUAUUUCAUCUCCACAUGUUUCCAUCUGUUUGAAAGAAACUGAAACACUAAAUGAACUGAAUGAUGAAUCAGUUAAUUAAAGAGUUUUCACAGCA